AUGGCAAAAGGCGGCAAGCGCGAGGCGAAGAAGGCUCGGUCGGGCAGCGUAGAGCAACCAGCUGUCGCGGCGCCCAACGAACCGGCCAAGCAGCGCGUGUACGUCCAGCUACGCUUGGACGAUCCGGCACUCAUCGCCUACGCCAGCUCAGUGAGAAAGCAGUGGCAGACAACGACGACAUGGAGCGACGACUUGGCCGUGACACCGGCCAUCGUCCUUGUCGAGGCCGACGUGGGCUCGGACACGCAGCUCCACGCCAUGCAAUCGCUCUUUGCAAGCUACGCCAUGCCGACGCCCGCCAUCGACGCAAGCUGUCGGCUCCAAGUGCAAAACUCGCCCAACGUAGCUGGCAAGCGACUGAGCCUCACGCUGCAGUUCUCGGACACCUUCAAGACCUUCUUGGCCAAGACGGGCAAUACACUGCUGCUCAAGCUCCAGAGCCUCGGUAUCAAGUCGAGUCUCAAGUGCGAGCUCGGCAAGAAGGGCCCGCGCGACGCCGUUCUGUGGGCGCUCGACGAGACAUUGCCGCGCAAAACUCUCCAGGACGAGAUCCAAGAUACGAACCGGCAGCCAUUCACGACGGCAGUGACGCUCUCAACCUUGAUGCUCACGACGCCAGAUGCGACCCUUUCGAUCCUGCGCAAGGGCCCCUCGCCCGCGUCUGUUGACGACGAUGCCAUCGGGUCGCAAAUCGCAGCGCACGUCUCGUUCACAGGUCAUCAAGUCAUUAUCUUGCGCGGUCUCCCCGGCAGUGGCAAGAGUACGCUCAGCCGGCGUGUUCUAUCUAUGGCGACGGCAGCUACCGCAUCCAGCGUACUGUGCAGCGCGGAUCUCUGUUUCGAGUCACCCGGAGGCUAUUACUACGAGAAGAGCAAGCUCGGUGAGGCUCAUGACGCGUGCAAAGCUGCGUUCAUGGCCGCGCUGGCCGACAAGGUCGCCGUCAUCGUCGUCGACAACACGCAUUCGCAGCUGUGGGAGUACGAAGCGUACGUGACGGGCGCGCUGGAGGCAGCGUACGCUGUCACGGUGCUCGAAGUCCAGUGCGACGACAUGGCCAUGGCCCAACGCAUGAUGUACCGCAACUCGCACGGCGUGUCGUUCGACGUGAUUGCGCGCAUGCACCAGCGAUGGGAGGUCCAUGCGCACCCGUUGACGUCUCUCUUGCUCUUGCCGCCCGUCUUUACCACCCGUGACAACCGCACGGCGCUGCCGCUCUUGCUGACCGAGACCAAUGAUGUGUACAUCGCAGCGGUGUUUCUGACGCCAGCGUCCAAGGCCAAGCUCCUCGCGCGGUUCUCGCCCAAGCACACGAAUGUCGUGGCCGAGCACAUGACGCUGGCGUUUCAGCCAACGAUCGCGUACACCAACGGUCUGCCGCUGGGCGCGCAUGUCCGCCUCCGCGUGCUCGCCGAGUACGCAGACAGCAAGGGCCACUGCGUCCGCGUCGAGUGGGCGUCGCCGCCGUUGCCGACCGAGGGCCAGCGCGUGCUGCACGUCACCGUCUCGUUUGUGCCCGAGGUCUCGGCUGUCUAUUCGAACGAGUUGUUGGCCGAUCCCAACGCGUCGAUCGUCGACGUCAGCAGCGACAAUCUCAUCUUGGACGGCGUGGUUGGGCUGGCCUUGCGCCCGCGGUCGGGGCCGCGCUGGGCCAAGCCACAGGUGCUCGAUGUGCCCGCGGGCGUGCCCGAGGCGCGUCGGCAUCGCCAGCUCACGCUUCUGCACAGCGCAUUUGACACGGUUUCCGACAUCGACGCCGUCAUCUCGACCCUCGAACGCGUGGCCGAGCGGGGCAACCACCUCGCUGUCCAUGCCCCGCCGGGUCUUGUAGAGCAGCUCGAGGGGCUCGGUCUCAACUUUGACACGGAGCUCGAUACGCGCAUUCCGUGGUCCGCAAGUGUCGAGACCCUCCUUGGGUCGACACUCAACGCCAUCACCAACAUCGUCGUCGUCGUCACGUCAACGGUCGACGUGAGCGCGCUACCGUCAACGUCGGUGCCCGUGGCCGUCCACGCGACUUCGUCAAUCGCUGUGCUGCCAUCGCUGAGCCAACAAGUGUUUGAUGCUGAGAUCCUCGCGCAUGUGCGCGCAGCGUGGAGCCGUGUCGUACAAGCGCCCGUGGCCCGUCUCUCGUGGUCGAGCGACGGCCGCCGGCUGAGUGUCCCUUCGCCCACGAUGGAGGACACCACAGCGCUCAAGCGGCUUGCGACAGCACUCAAGACCAUGUACGGCAUGCGCGUGAGUGUGCAGCCAGAGGCAUUGGACGUUGUCGUGGUCGCUGCAGUCCGCCGGUCGUUCCAAGUGACAGCGAUCGCGGCGUCGUGGAUACCAAAGGCUAUCGAGAGAUAG